AUGUCUUCUCCGUCUUCGGACUUGAAGGGCUCGUGCCCGUCCCCAUUCUUGCAAGAGAGCGCUUUUCCAAUUACUGGCGGAUUCGUUCCGGGUCGCUUCUGUAUGCCUAUAGCCGAACUACAGAACUUGACCUGCUGUCUGCCCUGUCCGUUGACUGACUGGACGUACUCUGAUGGAUUCGAGAGCCAGACUGAGAUUGCCAACUGGGUCAAUGUGGCAGCUUUCAUUCUCUCGAUUUAUCUCAUCCUGUCAUUCAUUGUACUCCCGGUGAAAUACACACAUCGACACUACUUAAGUGUCUGCCUCACCCUGGGUGUGGUUUUCCUCGAGCUUGCCUUCAUCAUCCCUCUGGCAGCAAAGCCUGAUCAGUGUUACAAUGAAAUCACACCAAACGACAUGCACUCCAGCGGUGUCUGCGCGAUCAGCGGUGCCUUCCUAUUGUUCGGAGGAUGGGCAAUUAUAAUCUGGGUGUUCUGCCGCUCGCUCGCCCUUCAUCUACAGAUCUGCUGGGAAGUGGUGCCAGGAGACAAGUUCUUCUACGCUUCAUUGGCUUUCGGCUGGCUCAUUCCGAUUGUUGGCCUAGCGUUGACCUUGAGCUUGACCGGCGUCUCCUUUCGGUUUGGAAAUGUCUGUCACAUCAACCAUAAGGAUGCUCUACAGGAUUUCUGGGGCCCACUUCUGGCCUUUGCCGCCUUGGGGUUGGUCCUCCAAUUUAUCACGAUAGGGUACUGCGUUCACGUCUACAUGAAGAGCUUUCUUGACGACAAACCAACUACCAAUGCCAGUUCUCAAGCUCCGACAUACUCAAACAGUGUGAGAACAUUGUCGGCAAGACAAACUUACCGACGGGUCAAGAAACUUGUCGUGCUCCAAUGGCGGGGUGCAAGCAUUGUACUUGUCAUUAUCGCGGAAGUCGUCUUCUUUUCCGUCGUGUUCGUGUCAAUGGACAAUAGCACUCAAGUCAACGAACAGCUCCUGCAAAAGGCCACUCCUUGGAUUUCUUGCUUGGUUCUAGCUCAAGGAGACAAGAACCAAUGCUUGCCUUACGCGAGAGGACUGGUCAAGUCUGAGGGCGUUGUUUUGGCGGUGCUUAUUAUCCUCGGACUCAGCGGUUUCUGGUGCCUUAUGUUCUUAGGCCGAUGGCACAUGACCCAGGGCUGGAUGGAGUUCUUCCGCCUAAGGUUCCACCGACAGCAUGAAUUUGUCUCGGCUGAUGCUAGACGCCUAUCGACCGACCCUCGUACGUACGAAAUGCUAAGCGGGACGGGGCCACCACUGAACAUUCAAUCCCCAGAUCGGGUCUUGACCAGUCCGAAUCCGCGCUCAGACUUCUCCCCCGAACCGGAUUCGAAACGAGACCACUUUAUUCCCGCUCGUGCCUACGUCAACCCGGAUUCGAGCUACUCCUACCCGAGGCCGCCCAGUCACCUCCAAGAUUGGGAUCCAAAAUCAACUCAUGCAAAACCGGGGGAGGCUGGCAAAGGCUACGACGUCAAAAUCUACAAAGGCUGA